CUGCGGGGAGGACGGAGCGGCCGGACGCGGGCGGCGAGCAGGACGCGGGCGCAGCGAGCAAGAGGCCGGGCGCCCUGCCGACGGCCGACGGGCCUGGCGCCGCGGGACGUGGCCGCGGAGACCGAGAGCGAGGCGUGCCGAGACUCGCCCCGCACGAUGGCCGCCCUGCGGACGCGGACGCGGACGCUGCCCGCCCUGCUGCUGCUGCUCACGGCCGCGUGCCUGGGGGGACUUCUGGAUCCUUGUGGCCACAUCGACCCCGAGUCUCCGGUCGUGCGGCUCGGCUCCAACUUCACCGCGGUCUGCGUGCUCCAGGAAAAGUGUAUGGACUACUUCCACGUCAACGCCGACUACAUCUUCUGGAAGACAAACCACGUGACGGUGCCCCGCGCGCAGUACGCCGUCAUAAACCGCACGGCGUCGAGCGUCACCUUCACCGACGUCGCCCUGCUCAACACCCAGCUCACCUGCAACAUCCGCACGUUCGGGCAGAUCGACCAGAAUGUGUACGGAGUCCGGGUCGUGUCCGGCUUGCCUCCAGAGAAACCCACGAACCUGAGCUGCAUUGUGAACGAAGGGAAGAGGAUGACGUGUCAGUGGGACCCUGGGCGGGACACGUACCUGGAGACGAACUUCACCUUGAAGUCUGAAUGGGCCACGGAGAAGUUCCCCGACUGUCGAACGAAGCGCGGCAGCCCCACCGCGUGCACCGUGGAGUACCCGCCGGUGUACUUCGUCAACAUGGAGGUGUGGGUGGAGGCGCGCAACGCCCUGGGGGAGGCCACGUCCGAGCACAUCAACUUCGACCCCGUGGACAAAGUGAAGCCCAUACCUCCACGCAACGUGUCCGUCAGCCACUCGGAGGAGCUGUCCAGCAUCCUGAAGCUGACCUGGGUCAACUCCGGCAUCAACAAGUUCAUCGGCCUCAAGUACGACAUCCAGUACCGGGCCCGGGGCACCGCGGCCUGGAGCCAGAUUCCUCUGGAAGACACGGCGUCCACCCGCUACUCCUUCACGGUCCAGGACCUGCGGCCCUUCACGGAGUACGUGUUCCGGCUGCGCUGCAUGAAGGAGGACGGCCAGGGCUUCUGGAGCGACUGGAGCGAGGAGGCGUGGGGGACCACGUACGAGGACCGACCAUCCAAGGCACCGAGCUUCUGGUACAAGGUGGAGCCAUCGCCUGCUCACGGCUCCAGGUCCGUGCAGCUCAUGUGGAAGACCCUGCCUCCGUUUGAAGCCAAUGGGAAGAUCUUGGAUUACGAAGUGACUCUCACGAGAUGGAAAUCACAUUCACAAAACUACACGGUCCGUGACAUGAAGCUGACCGUGAACCUCACCAGCGAUCGCUAUACCGCAACCCUGACGGCCAGGAACCUGGUGGGCACCUCCGACGCCGCCGUGCUCACCAUCCCUGCCUGUGACUUCCCAGCUACUCGCCCUGUGAGGGACCUCAGAGCGUUUCCCAAGGACAACCGGCUGUGGGUGGAGUGGAGCGCCCCCCGCGAGCCUGUGAGCAAGUACGUCCUGGAGUGGUGCGUGCUGUCCGACAAGGCGCCCUGCGUCCCCGACUGGCAGCAGGAGGAUGGCGGUGUGCACCGCACCCACCUCACAGGGCGCCUGGCGGAGAGCACCUGCUACCUGAUCACCGUCAUCCCGGUGUACAGCGACGGGCCGGGGGCCGCCGAGGCCGUGCGGGCGUACCUGAAGCAAGCCCCGCCCUCCAAGGGCCCCACCGUGCGGACCAAGAAGGUGGGGAAGAACGAGGCCGUCCUGGAGUGGGACCGGCUCCCGGUGGACGUGCAGAACGGCUUCAUCAGGAAUUACACCAUCUUCUAUAGGACCGGCGCGGGCAACGAGACCGCCGUGAACGUGGACUCCUCCCACACGGAGUACACGCUGUCCUCGCUGACGAGCGACACGCUCUACAUGGUGCGCAUGGCGGCCUACACGGACGAGGGCGGCAAGGACGGCCCCGAGUUCACCUUCACCACCCCCAAGUUCGCCCAGGGGGAGAUCGAGGCCAUCGUGGUGCCCGUCUGCCUGGCGUUCCUGCUGCUCACGCUGCUGGGCGUGCUGCUCUGCUUCAACAAGCGGGACCUGAUUAAGAAGCACAUCUGGCCCAACGUCCCGGACCCGUCCAAGAGCCACAUCGCCCAGUGGUCGCCCCACACGCCGCCCCGGCACAACUUUAACGCGAAGGACCAGAUGUUCUCGGACGGCGCGCUCACGGACCUGAGCGUGGUGGAGAUCGAGGCGAGUGACAAGAAGCCGCUCCCGGAGGAGCUCAAGGCGCUGGACCUGUUCCGGAAGGAGAAGCUGAGCACGGGCGGCCACAGCAGCGGCAUCGGCGGCUCCUCGUGCAUGUCCUCGCGGCAGAGCCUGUCCAGCGGCGACGAGGCCGAGGCGGCGUCCGCGCAGAGCGCCGCGAGCGCCGUGCAGUACUCCACCGUGGUGCACAGCGGCUACCGCCACCAGGUGCCCUCCGUGCAGGUCUUCUCGCGCUCCGAGUCCACGCAGCCCCUGCUCGACUGCGAGGAGCGGCCCGACGAUGUGCCGCCGCCGGGGGACGGCUCAGACCCGCCGCCCCGACAGCCGUACUUCCGGCAGAGCUGCCGCCAGCCCGAGGCCGGCGCCCCGGCCGGCGAGGACCCCGUGGGGCCCGGGCAGCCGCAGGCGUUCCGGGAGGUCCCGGGGGCGGACGCCUUUGGGCCCGCGGCCCAGGGGCCGGGCGAGAGGUCGGAGGCGGGUGGGAUGGAGGCCGCGCUCGACCUUGACGAGGGGCCGCCGAAGAGCUACCUCCCGCAGACGGUGCGGCCCGGCGGCUACAUGCCCCAGUGAGGCGCCCGCCACGCCGCCCGCAGGCCGCCGGACGCGUCGAGCCUGCGCCUCGGAUCCACGGAGUCCCACUCGCCGAGGUGACCACGCGCCUUUGUGGACAAGCGCGUCCUGCCCUCCAUCCCAGACCCUGAUCCGCUCACACUACACGCCGCCCCCGCGGGGCUGCCACGGCCUCAGGGCGCCGCGGCGGGGACACGCACGCUGUGCUGAGGGCUGAGGGGCGACGGUCAGGCGCGGCCCCAGAGCUUGCCCAGCAGCCCGGCCGGACGGCCGUGUGCGCCCUGACCCGGAACCGCGCCCGUGCGGUCACAGCACAGACGCGCCCGGGACGGCGGCUGCCGGGGCAGGAGGGAGUUCAGCUUGCCGUUAGAAGCAGGUUCUUGCACCUCCCGGCAUCGGCCGUGCCCAGAGGGACGAGGCCAGGCUGUCCGCGCCCGCACGCCAGGCCGCUCGCCGGCCGAGGGCGAGCCUCCGUGUGAACGUGUUGCCCUUGCGGGUCUCGGGGCGCAGGCGGUGCCCUCGGCCUCAGACGUCCUCCCGUCGGGCGGCUCUGCGCUGUCGGGACAGGCUCCUGUCCGGUGGCGUGGGAAGCGGCAAAGGGCACGCCUGCUCUCCGCCCCCACGUGACGAGCCGAGGGGUCAGCUCGGCGGUGACGGGACCGCAGCCUCGGUCGGCGCUGACCCACGGCCCCUCCCGCCGCCACCCAGCGAGGACGCGGCUGAGGUGGCUGCGUGCGGAGACGCUGCCCUCCUGGGACCUGGGGGCUGUGGGUUUCGCUUUUCUGUCCUUUAAAGCGGCAGCAACCAGGCCGGCCCACAACAGCGGUUCUCAGAGACCCAACAGCUAAGAAAGCGGGUGAACUCCAGCUGACAUGGCGCCCCCUCAGGACUGUGCUCACAUUGAUGUCCAUCGCUGCCUGUUCCCGCCCAGGCCUCGGGGCGCCCCGGGCGCGUCUCCCCGUGGGCGCGCCUCGUCUUUCGGGAAGUCACCUCCGUCCCGUUCAUUUCCUCGCGGUAACCAGCCCUGUUCUGUGGUCACUUCGGUUGUGCCUCCUCGUGGCGCGGUGGCCGUAGGAGAGCGGGCGCGCAGUGUGAGAACGAGGGCCUGGAGGCCAGGAUGCCGCACAGGAAGUGGGGGACGGGGUGCAGGCCCGGGCCGCCACAGGGCACGUCAGACCACGGACGUGGUUACUACAGAAUUCCACUCGGGAAACACGUGUGAUCACUGGCGUGGGAUGUGCAUCCUGGCCCCGAGAACACGGAAAGUGCUUUGUCGAAUGGUGCGGCGGAGGCGUGACCAGGCGGUCUGUGUUUCAUGCAUGUGAUUGUGUUAAACGCGGGCAGAGGCACCGGCUCUGGUUCGUGUCAUGUUUAGUCUGUACACAGGGUGUCCCCCAAAACCUAUCACGCUUUGAACAGUUAGGAUCCAGCGGUGACGUCUGAGCAGAGCGCCUGAGCCGUCGGCUGUGGCAGGUGCGUUCAGGCGCCGAGCGGGCUGCCGCUCCUCAGCUCUAGGCUCCACCAGUGGCCUCUGGGCGGAGCGAAGCCGCUCACGCAGCCCUCCAGGCCUAACGGACAUGGCGCCGGGCCCUGCCCCUGCAAGUCGGCUCCGCUCCCGCGUCUGGUACCCCC